AUGGGGCUCUGUGGGGAGCGGGCCUGUGUCCCUUCCGACUCUCCCCAGCGCUGCCCGGUGGCGAGCCCAGUGCUGGCCCCCAGCCCCACCUGGCCGGCUGCUGCUAACUUCAUAAAAAGUAGCCCCGAGGAGCGGGAGGCGGCUGUACCCAGAAUGAGCACGGAGCAUGGGCCGCCGCGGCAGUCCAGGGGCCGGAAGGGCCGCAGUUCUGGGAAAAAGAAGUCCAGAAAGCACAACCGGCGCAAAGAAACCUACUCGAUGUACAUCUACAAGGUGCUGAAGCAGGUGCACCCUGACAUCGGCAUCUCUUCCAAGGCCAUGAGCAUCAUGAACUCAUUUGUGAACGACGUGUUUGAGCGGCUGGCCGGCGAGGCCGCCCGGCUGGCCCAAUACUCAGGCCGAACCACACUGACGUCCCGGGAAGUCCAGACGGCCGUGCGCCUGCUACUGCCUGGGGAGCUGGCCAAGCAUGCUGUGUCCGAGGGCACCAAGGCUGUCACCAAGUACACCAGCUCCAAGUGA